ACGAGCGUCGUACGCAGUAGUUAAUCCACAUCGGUUUCCCAGUAGUAGUCUCUCUUCUCCCGCCAUAGGAAUUGUCGUGCCUUAAGAAAUGGUGCAACAUUUGAAGUGGCUUCUGCCGCUGCUGGCCAUAUUCUAUGCUUCUGGGCCAGUAGCAAUUUUGGCCAACGAUCAACCUGCUCGCAUUGUUUGCUAUUUCAGCAAUUGGGCCGUCUAUCGUCCAGGCAUUGGACGCUAUGGCUUAGAGGAUAUACCAGCUGAUCUCUGCACGCAUUUGAUUUACUCCUUCAUUGGAGUGAAUGACAAAAGCUGGGAUGUAUUGGUUAUUGAUCCCGAAUUGGAUGUCGAUCAGGAGGGUUUCCAGAAGUUCACACAGCUGCGUCAGACUCAUCCCAAACUGAAGCUACAAAUAGCUGUGGGCGGCUGGGGUGAAGGUGGCUCCAAGUACUCACAAAUGUCGGCAGUCCGUGAGCGACGACAGAGUUUCAUACGCAGCAUUGUCCAGUUUAUGAAACUCUAUAAUUUCGAUGGCUUCGACUUGGACUGGGAAUAUCCGGGGGCCACUGAUCGUGGUGGCACCUUUGGCGAUAAGGAUAAGUUCUUGUAUUUCGUGCAGGAGCUAAGGCGGGCAUUCGAUCGUGAGGGUCGCGGCUGGGAGAUAACGAUGGCAGUGCCAGUGGCCAAAUUUAGACUGCAAGAAGGCUAUCAUGUGCCCGAGUUGUGCGAAUUACUCGAUGCCAUUCAUGCCAUGACCUAUGAUUUGAGAGGAAAUUGGGCUGGCUUCGCCGAUGUACAUAGUCCACUGUAUAAACGCAAACACGACCAGUAUGCCUACGAACGGCUCAAUGUGAAUGACGGACUCGCACUGUGGGAGGAGAUGGGCUGCCCGGCAAACAAAUUAGUGGUUGGCAUUCCCUUCUAUGGACGCACCUACACACUGAGCAAUUCGAAUAAGAACUACAACAUGGGUACGUAUAUCAAUAAGGAAGCGGGUGGAGGAGCUCCAGGACCGUAUACCAAUGCAAGCGGAUUUUUGGCCUACUAUGAGAUAUGCACCGAGGUGAUGGACAAAUCGAAAGGAUGGACUGUUGAAUGGGACGAUGCUGGAAUGGUGCCAUUCACCUAUAAAGAGACCCAAUGGGUGGGCUAUGAGAAUGAGGCAUCGGUACAAAUUAAAAUGGACUUUAUCAAGGCAAAGGGCUAUGCUGGAGCCAUGACCUGGGCCAUCGAUAUGGAUGAUUUUCAUGGUCUGUGCGGUCGCAAGAAUGGUCUAAUGCAAAUUCUCUAUGAUAAUAUGCGAAACUAUCGUGUGCCGGAGCCAACACGAGAGACCACACCGCGGCCUGAGUGGGCGAAACCACCCGCCACAUCGCCCAAUCCGGAUGAGGGAGAACCAGUGCAAGCGGCGGUGACAUCAACAACGACGCGUAAACCGAAACCAAAGCCAAAACCCACGUCAACACCAGUCGUCACAACGUCAGCACCUAUACCAAAGCCAUCCAGUUCCACCACCAUCAAGACAACAAAGAAACCUAAAAAGCCCAAAAAGACCACAACUACAGUAAAACCUACGACUACAGCUCCACCAGAAAAGGUAACCGAAGAGCCUGAAGAAGUUGUAGGUGGUUCGCAACCCCAGUUUGAUCCCAGUGAAAUUGAUUGCUUCAAUCGUGACUUUGUGCCUCAUCCGAAUUGCAGAAAGUAUUUCCGUUGUGUCCAUGGCAAACCUGUGGAAUUCGAAUGCAAAGAGGGCACAGCAUUUCACACAGUUCUAAAUGUUUGUGAUUGGGCUGAGAAUAGUGAUCGCUAUUAUUGUACCAAAACUAAAACAAAGAGCCAAGGCAAUGAAGCCCACUAACUCAUAAAGAAUAAGAACUUUCAACUUAUUUAUUAGAUUAAUUAAGAAUUCCUAAUUUAUAUAUAUUUAUAUAUCUCUAAAGAUUUUCAUAAUAAAUAUUAGCUUUGUGACAUCAUAAAGCAAAUACAAACAUA